AACCAGCUCAUUCCUGCGAUUCAAAGAUGACGCCUGCUGAUCGCAGCGCCAGCUUAGCGGAAAGUUUCUGCAAUACUUUAGGGAGAUGUCGGUAAUGGAGAACCAUUUCCGGUAUGUGAUUGGACGUGGGAAAAUCUCGCGAAAUGUCAUUACGAUAUAAAAAACAUGAUUUUGAGAAUAGAGAAAUUGAAAAAGAGGAUACGAGCUGGAAGACGGGGUGGAUUGACUUGAACUUCCUGCGGAUUUUUAUUCUUGCGACAUGCCUGAAGCUACUUUUGAUACCCACUUAUCAUUCAACAGAUUUCGAAGUACACCGGAAUUGGCUGGCAAUAACUUACAGCUUGCCGAUCAAGGAAUGGUACGUCGAAGCAACGUAUCAAUGGACCUUAGAUUAUCCCCCACUGUUUGCAUGGUUUGAAUAUGCACUCAGUAAUCUGGCGGUAUAUUUUGACCGUGAAAUGCUUAGGAUCGAUAAUUUUAAUUAUGCCUCUCCAGCCACCAUCGUCUUCCAAAGAUGUUCUGUGAUAGUGGCUGAUUUAAUGUUCGCUUAUGGUACAAGAGAAAUUGGGAGAGUUUUGUGUAAAACGAAGAAUUCUUAUCUACUUUUCACAUUCCUGUCGUUGUUCAAUGUUGGAUUACUUGUGGUCGAUCAUGUUCACUUCCAGUAUAAUGGAUUUUUAUUAGGAAUUUUAUUGCUUUCUAUGGCAAAGGUCUCUGAAGUUAUUUAUCAGGGUGAAGUUUUGGUCGGUGCGACAUGGUUUGCCAUUUUAUUAAAUUUGAAACAUAUUUAUUUGUACACUGCACCAGCAUACACAGUAUGGUUACUGAAAUGGUGCUGCACGAAGAGAAACCAAUUUCUUGGUAAAUUUAUCAAGCUUGGCUUUAUAGUAGUGAUUGUAUUUUUUUUCUCAUUUGGACCGUUCAUCGAUCAGUUACCUCAAGUGCUAUCAAGAUUGUUUCCUUUUAAGAGAGGUCUCGUUCAUGCAUAUUGGGCUCCAAAUUUCUGGGCUCUUUACGCAGGUGCCGAUAAAAUCCUCUCGGCUAUCUGCAGAAGAGCUGGUUGGUUAAGCAAUAUGAAAAUCGCCAUAAUGACAGGAGGUUUAGUACAGGAAGACUCAUUUGCUCUACUUCCAACUCCAACGCCAUUGGUGACAUUCGCCAUAACUUUUUUAACAAUGCUCCAUCCUCUCUGGGUACUGUUCACCAAAGACCGAGUGAAGAACGAACCUUCUCAUUUUGUCAGAUGUGCAAUUCUUUGUAGCCUUAGCUCGUUUCUCUUUGGCUGGCAUGUCCACGAAAAGGCCAUCCUCACUGCAAUCAUUCCUUUAUGUUGUCUUGCAGUGACCGAAAAAACCGAGGCAAAGGUUUUCAUGAUUUUGAGCUCCGCAGGACACACGGCUCUUUUACCUCUGCUAUAUCCAGAGAAUCUGACUCCGUUAAAACUAUUACUUUCCAUGACAUACAUGACCGUCGCUUUUCUCACAUUAAGCCAUCAGUUCGGAAAACCUCUAUUAAACAAAAAACAACAAUUAUACAUCACAGUGCUCCCACUUAUAACGGUAUAUGAAACCAUAAUUCAUAAACUAAUAUUCAGGGAGAAUCUCCCAUUUUUACCUCUAGCCCUUACAUCAAUUUAUUGUGCUGCUGGCAUAAUGUAUACAUGGAUUUAUUAUUACUAUAUAUUUUUAUACAAAAUUGCCAGCGUGUCAGAAACGACAAUAAAGACUGGGCGUUCUAGAACACUAAGCGAUUCUAAAUCUAAUAAAAUAAAAUAAAAGUAA